UGCAGACGGAGUAGUCGGUUCGAUGUGGUGUACUUAAGUUCGAUGUCUUUGAGCUGUUGACUUUGAUAAAUUUGUUUCUGUGUUCCUUUAAUUCAAAGAAUUAUGUUAAAUAGUUACUUGAUCAUUUAGAUAUCACACGUAAAGCUACGAGAUUUGAAAUAAAAUUCAGACACGUGGAAAAGGUUACAUUAAUUUUUUUGUAAAGCAUUGAAUUUAGAACACUUGCAUUUCUCAUUUUACAAAUACUAAGGUAAUUGUAUCAUGUCUAGUGGCCAGUGUCAGCAGUGUGGAUCGACAGAUAUAGAUACUGAUCCUGCUCGUGGAGAUUCUGUUUGUACACAGUGUGGUUCAGUCCUUGAAGAGGCUGGUAUAGUUUCAGAUGUACAGUAUGCUCAAGAUUCUAGAGGUAUAUCUCGAGCUGUUGGACAGUUUGUUAACUCUGAAGAUGGAAGACCUUAUGGAUUAAAUAGUGUUCAUGGUAUGAGACUUGGACGACAAUCACGUACUAUUACAUGUCAAAAAGCAAGGCAAAGCAUACAGGCUUUGGCAUCAAAGCUGAGAUUGAAUACAAGGCAAGUUGAAUCAGCAUUUGCAUUUUACAAAUUAGCUCUGGCCAGACACUUGACUAAAGGUCGUAAUAGUACACAGGUUAUUGCUGCAUGUGUUUAUAUGGUGUGUCGAAAAGAUGGAACAGAACAUAUGUUGUUAGACUUUAGUGAUGUCCUUCAGAUAAGUGUGUACGAGUUGGGCAAAACGUAUCUUAAACUUACUACAGCUUUACAUAUCAAAGCUCCAGUUUUAGAUCCGAGUGUGUAUAUUAACAGAUUUGCUUACCAGCUAGAAUUAGGUAAAAAAUGUCAUGAUGUAACUAUCACAGCAGCUAGACUUGUUCAGAGAAUGAAGAAAGAUUGGAUGCAUACUGGAAGAAGGCCAUCUGGACUUUGUGGUGCAGCACUUCUUGUUGCUGCAAGACUUCAUGGCUUUAAUAGAACUGUUGAUGAUAUUAUUAAAGUUGUUAAAGUUUGUCAAGCUACUGUUAGGAAAAGGUUAGCAGAGUUCAUUGAUACACCAUCUAGUCGACUUACUUUAGAUGAAUUUAUGACUAUUGACCUAGAAGAAGAACAAGAUCCCCCAGCUUUUAAAAAUGCUCGUAAGAAAAUGCAUGAGUUGGAAGAUGAACAAAAAAUGACUAAUAUAAAAAAACAAGUACUUGAAAUACAGCAAAUUCUUGAAAAAACUUUGGAAAGCACUAAGAAGAGAUCCAGAUUUUCAAAAUAUGCAGAAAGUUGCGAAGAUAACAGCAACAGUUCAUUUUCAAAUAGUUUACACGAUGAUAAUGUGGAUAUGAUCAUAGCGGAAAAUACAGUACAUUCUCUUCAAGAAGUCAUCGGCCAAGAUUUAGCGUCUGAUUCUGGUGUAUCAGAUGUGAGUGGUUUAGCACCUAUUCUAAUGAAAGAAACAGUGGCAAUUGCUUGCAGCGAACAGUCAUCUGAAUCAGACCAUGUCAAAGGUCCAGAACCAACAGCUGAGAGUAUUGGAUUAAAGGACAGUAUAGAAGACUGCUUGAAGAUUCCUGUGCAUCCAGAAACGGAAGAAAAUGAUACGCUUGAUUUAACUGGACUCGAUGAUGAUGAGCUGGAUAAUUACCUCAUGGAUCCAUUUGAAUGCAAGCGUAAAGAUUUAUUUUGGCAUAAACAUAAUGCUGAUUAUCUUCAAAUAUUGAAAGAAAAAGAAGAAAGAAAAGCUAGAGAAGAAGCAGAAAAUGCUAAUAAACCGGAAAAAAAAAGGAAAAAGCGUUUAAAGAAAGAUCGCACUGAGUCAAGUACAGCUGGAGAGGCUAUACAGAAAUUAAUACAGCGAAAAAAAAUAUCUUCUAAAUUGGAUUAUGAUGUAUUGAAAAACCUCAGUUGUAAAAGCCCUGUUCCUGAAUUAGGAAACCAAGCCACAGAUGUUUCAACAAAUGAACAAACAGAACUUCCUGUUCGAAGUGCUAAAAAACGAAGGUUGAAACGUAUGCAAGCUAUUCCUCUAAAUAUCAAGAGAGGAAUGUCUGACAUCAUAGGGACUACAAGGAGACAGGAGCCAUUAACUGAUGCCACCAAUGAAGAUCACAUCUUGGUUGAGGAGCAACCUGCAAAGAAGCUUAAAAUUUCAGAUGUUGAAUUCGAGGAACCACCUACAACAAUUAUUUUGGAUGAUGGAGAUGAUAAUGUUGAACCAGAAGAAAUUAUGGAACAGGAGGAGGAAGAUGAAGAAUAUGAAUCUGAUGAAGAGUAUAAAAUGUCGAGUUUACCUAAAGAAGAUGUUCCUGAUUACUAUGAUUAUGAUGAAUAUGUGGAUGACUAUGAUGACUGACUUUGAGCUUUCAUGUAUUUUUAUAAAUGUUAAAAAUAAUAUUUUAUAUUGUUAUUUUUUGUAAAAUAUCCAAAGAAAACAAAACAAGCACAUGUUGAUCAUCUGCCACAAGUAAGCAGAAGAUGGAAGGAUAUCUUGCUAUUGUAUAUAAUCGCAACUGUAAAUAGCAUUUUUUUGUAUUUUUCUAUCUGAAAGAAUAAGUAUACAAAAUCGCCUUGUUAUAUUUGUUUAGUUAAAAAGCAGUUUUAUAAUUUUCUAGAAAAUAUGUAAAUUACCUUUAAUAUUCAUUUCAUGUUUAUUUCAUUCCUGAAUUAUGCUUUCUAUUUUUAUAUCUUUUAUUAAUUAAGACUUCCCCCUCCUACUCUAGGUGCAUGACUCUUUUUGUAAAAAUUUCACGUAUUUUGAAAUCUUGGGUACAUUGCAAUGAAACUGUAGUAGUUUAUAUUUUUGUUAACUCAAAAUUAAAUUACUAAUUAUUCUUGGUUAUAAUUGUUUGGUUGCUAAUUUUAGAAACUUAAGUUAUAAAUUGGUAUAAAGAAGUUUUAGAUUUUUAUAGUUCUCAUAUGAUGGCAUAAGACCAAGAUCAGAGGGGUGGGAUUCAAAUCUGAUUAAGGCAGAGAUGUUUAUGACUAUCUGAAGGGAUAAAAUGCAUUCAGAAUUUCAUUGGUUUGAAAUUUUUGCAGAUCCAGUUUAUUUCGCUCACUUGUGCAGUCUUGUACCACCAUAUUGUGGUGAAGGUUGUCAUGAAAGUUAAAUGAGAAAUUGUUAUUUUUGACAUUAUUGUGAAUCUAUUAUGUUGCUGCUGCUUCCAUAAUCUUUGGAACUGAACUGUGGUUUUUUGUUUAGAAACUCACUUCAAGUAUUGCAUGGUAUUAAGUAUUGUAAAGAUCUCUCUGAAAUAUCUGCAUCUGUCAAAUAUUAUGUGCUGAUGAUAUAUUUAGAAAUAAAUAGUCUGUAAGAGGAACCUUAGCUGGGUGUAGAUAGUCUUGUCAUAUCUCAUCAGUGUAUUUAAGGUGCAGUAGAACUUUAAUUACACAUAUUUUAAUCAUUUAUCAUUUUUUUAAGCCAUACUGAGUAUUUCUCUGAGAAUUAUUUGUUUCUUUAUUUGAUUGUGCUAGAGCACACAAAGCACUUUUCCCGUGGCAGGAAAAGAAUACUUUCACGAAAGACUUUCUAAGGAAAACACUUAUGCAGUCAGGCUGUUUUCCAGAAUUUAAAUCCUGGUCGAAUUACAAGUGUUCAGUGGUCUUGUAACUUUUCUUGAUAUGCUGAAUUCCUAAACUCAAAAUAUUUGAUAACCUGAAUGCUUUUGAUUGUCUUAAAACUUAUGUUAUUUUUAUUUAUUUAUUUAUUUAUUUUUUUCCUGAUAUAUCAAGGUGAGAUAUUUUCAACUUAUAGAAGUCUUGUUACACACCUUUUUUUUUUUUUUUUUUUUUUUUUUUUUGUACAAUCCUUUAAUGCAGAUUAAUUUGCAAUCAUGUAAUUACCAUAUAUUUUUUUCAUGUAUAAACAGAGAAUUUUUGGAACUUUUUCUAAAGCUAAAUUGCAGUAGUCAGUUUAUGUACAAAUCUGCUGAUCUCUUAAAUAAUUUAGAUUUCCAUUAGCCAGGUGCAAGUCAUAAAUCUCUAAUUAUUACACUUUUUUAUUUCUUAAUUUAUGGAAAACUUUAAUUCUAAAUGAAAUGAGGCAUUUUAUUUUCAAAAUUAUUUGUAAUGCUGGUUUGUUGCCCCAUCGAUAAAAUGAAAGAUCAGAUGUUGGUAAAAUUUUCACCCAGCUUUCUUCACUUUAAACUUUUUUUAUAUAUGCAGAAAUGCCAAACCAGGCUGUUGUCAGAAUUUUCAGCAAAGUGACCACCUGCAGUCUGAAAUUCACCAUAUAAAAAUUUCUCUUUCCUUUCAUCUUUUAGACAAGAAAAAAAAAAAAAAAAA